UGAGAGCAGAAGACGGGGAGCUUAGUUGAAAUGCGCAGCGCAUUCUUGGGUGGAGGGCGAAGCGAUCCGCGGGUCAGCGGCAUCGCUCCAAAUAAUCACAGAUCGGAUUCUGCUUUUUAAAAUCUGUGCUGGAGAAACAGACUAAAAAAUAGUGCUGCAUUGUUACUCGGCCUGCAACAAAUAUUUAUAUAUUUUUUUAUUUCCCUCCGUAAGUUGUGUCGCCCUGAAGCACCGAGGAAUCCUUCUCAGUCUCAGCCCGGAGAGGGUGGAUUCGUCGCCAGCGCGCAGGAGUUGCACUGGGAAGAUGUGGAGAAAAUGAUCCCGAGGUGAACUGGGAAACAACCGAAGAACAAAAUGUUUGCUGUUAAAAUCAACUUUCUAACCCUUGCCCUUCUUCUAAUUUUGCCUUCGGGUUCGAGGCAACAGGUCCCCUCUAACUGUGUCAUCAAGAGGGAGCAGGAGAAAUGUAUGGAGAUGAUGGCUCUGGAAGAUUCAGACUCAGAAUUUGACUGUCCGUGGUUCUGGGACAAUCUUACAUGUUGGCAGCCGGCCAAGGUCGGAGAGGUGAUCCAGAUGAACUGUCCAGAACUCUUCUCUCAGUUCAUGAGCGAGGAAGACUACGAAUUGGGGAAGGUGAGUCGUAACUGCACAGAGUUUGGCUGGUCAGAGCUCUUUCCUCAUUAUAUCGAAGCCUGCCUGUAUGAGGAAGGAAACAGCAGCCACCCUGAUAUGUAUUAUGUGUCAGUGAAGGCUCUAUACACAGUGGGCUACAGCACCUCUCUGGUGUCCCUCACCACAGCUAUGGUCAUCCUGUGCAGAUUCAGGAAGCUGCACUGCACCAGGAACUUCAUCCACAUGAACCUUUUCGUGUCGUUCAUCCUGAGAGCAAUUUCUGUCUUCAUCAAAGACAGUGUGCUUUACGCAGAGGAAGACAGUGACCACUGCUUCAUACAUACUCUGGAGUGUCGAGCUGUGAUGAUAUUCUUCCACUACUGCGUCCUCUCCAACUACUUCUGGCUCUUCAUCGAGGGUCUGUACCUCUUCACUUUACUGGUGGAGACUUUCUUCCCUGAGAAGAGAUACUUCUACUGGUACAUUGUCAUCGGCUGGGGAACGCCAACAGUGUGUGUGACCAUCUGGGCGGUCCUGAGGCUGCACUAUGAUGACAUAGGGUGUUGGGACAUGAAUGACAACGCUGCCAUCUGGUGGGUGAUAAAGGGACCUGUUCUGGCUUCAAUUAUGAUCAAUUUUGUACUCUUCAUUGGUAUCAUCGUCAUCCUCGUUCAGAAGCUGCAGUCCCCAGACAUCGGUGGGAAUGAGUCCAGUAUUUACCUGAGACUGGCCCGUUCUACUCUGCUGCUGAUCCCACUGUUUGGGAUCCACUACACUGUGUUCGCUUUCUCCCCGGAAAACGUCAGCAAGAGGGAACGUCUUGUCUUUGAGCUCGGUCUGGGAUCCUUUCAGGGCUUUGUGGUGGCUGUUCUCUACUGCUUCCUGAACGGAGAGUAUAUCCCUCAAGGUGCAAUCGGAGAUCAAGAGGAAAUGGCGCAGCUGGACGGUGAACAGGUACUUUGCUGUGGACCUGAAGCACCGGCAUCCUUCGCUGGCGAGCAGUGGGGUGAACGGGGGGACGCAGCUGUCCAUCCUCAGCAAGAGCAGCUCGCAGAUCCGAAUGUCCAGCCUGCAGGCCGAGACCCCGGCCACCUGAGUGGCCCCUGUGGGGAUGUCGACCCCAACCCACCCACCAUUGUCCCAAUGACCAACCUCACCGACCCGUUCUUCAACACAGACCCUGAUGAAUCCACCAUGGAGACACAGCUGAACUCCAGCGACCCCAAACAGCCUCUUGUGUGAACCUGAAUGUGCCAAAUAAGGACUCACUGCACUCUGCUGUUUCCUGGCUGAAACCUUAAGAAGUAUCGUCAUCUGUCUCUGCGUGUUGUGAUAGUUUUAAAAGUUGUCUGGUGCUGCUGAGCAACGUGACGGGACCAGUCCGUUAAUUAGGGACGUCCUCAAACUGUUGAUUCCAGUCCGUCCAAAUGUUCCUCAGCAUUCCUGUUUAGCUCGUAGCUGCAAAAUGACACUAAUCACAGCUGUAAAUACAUUAGAAGACUUUUCAUUUUACAUUGGGUUUUAUUUACGCUG